GUCCAAUCAUUGACGAGCACUGGACCGGAAGUUUUGAACAAGCCUAAACGCGGGAAGUCGCUCAGCUUCUUCUUCAGCCGGACGACAGCGAAGGUCGGCGUUGGAUUGAAACGAGAUGAAGGUUGUGACAUGUGAGAUCGCCUGGCACAACAAGGAGCCAGUGUACAGUCUGGACUUCCAACACAGCUCCGAUGGACGCACUCAUCGUUUGGCCACAGCUGGUGUGGACACCACAGUCAGGUUGUGGAGAGUCGACAUGGGCCCAGAUGGAAAGGCGGAGGUAGAGUUUCUGUCUAACCUGGCCAGACACACAAAGGCUGUCAAUGUGGUGCGCUUUAGCCCCAGUGGCGAGCAUCUUGCCUCAGGAGGAGAUGAUGCAGCCAUUCUGCUGUGGAAACUUAAUGAUAACAAGGAGCCGGAACAGGCACCAGUGUUCCAGGAGGAAGAAGAAGCUAAGCUAAACAAAGAGAGCUGGUCUGUCAUCAAGACUUUGAGGGGCCACAUUGAGGAUGUUUAUGACAUCUGCUGGACCCGCGAUGGGAACUGCAUGGUGUCUGGUUCUGUAGACAACACGGCCAUCAUGUGGGACAUCAACAAAGGACAGAAAAUGUGCAUACUGAAUGACCAUAAAAGCUACGUGCAGGGUGUGACCUGGGAUCCAUUGGGGCAGUAUGUUGCCACUCUCAGUUGUGACAGAGUAAUGCGUAUAUACAACACGAACACAAAGAAGAAAGCCUUCUGUGUAAGCAAAAUGAGCUCGGGCUCACCUGCAGACGGAGAGGUCAAGCAGCACCGCCUCUUCCAUGACGACAGUAUGAGGUCUUUCUUCCGACGUCUUUCCUUCACGCCAGAUGGCUCGUUCUUACUCGCUCCAGCUGGAUGCGUGGAGGUUGGGGAGACCAUCACAAAUACUACCUACAUCUUUUCCAGGAAGAGCCUUAAAAGGCCAGUGGCCCACUUGCCAUGUCCAACUAAGGCCACACUGGCUGUGCGCUGUUGUCCAGUUUACUUUGAGUUGCGAAGCAAGAAGGCAGAAGACGGUACGACCGAGCCCCUUCCUAAUCUUUUCAAGCUGCCAUACCGCAUGGUGUUUGCAGUGGCCUCCGAGGACUCUAUUUUCCUGUAUGACACGCAGCAGGCUCUUCCGUUUGGCCUGGUGUCCAACAUUCAUUACCACACACUCAGUGACCUCACAUGGUCUCGAGAUGGUUCCUUCCUGGCAGUGUCCUCCACAGAUGGCUACUGCUCCUUCCUGUCCUUCUCAUCGGGAGAGCUAGGAACUCCACUGAAGGAGCCUCCCACUCUGGAAGUGUUCACCCCUACCAGCGCUGCUGAGAAAAAGGGCAAAAAGACUCCAGCAGCCCGAACUUCAUCCCCCGUGUCCCAGCCGUCAAGCUCUGCUUCCACUCCCACGUCCCACGUCACCCCAGGCCGAGAAGGCAGCUCCUCUGUCAGGACCCCAGAUGAGAAAAAGACAAAAUCCAAGCCUCAGCCUCGAAAGAUCACCCUUAACACACUGGAGGCGUGGGGGAAGCCCACCACUCCAAAAGGCAUGCCUCCCUCUACCUCUCAGACGCCAACGUCCGCAAGUACCAGUGCACCGUCAACUCCUCAACCUGGCAUCAACCCGCUCACACCCAGCUCCUCGAAGAAGGUCGUCCGCCUCACCCCGCUCACUCCCACUACACCCAAAGUCCUCAACAGCACCAACUUGCCCACUACUCCGAAAAGGGCCAUAGCAUCUAAAGGACCCACUCCAAGGCGGGUUUCUUUGACUCCUAUUGGCUCACAAACAACCAGUCUGCUCUUCAGCUCUCCAGCGUCUACUGAGAAAGCUAAACAUGGACGCCCAUCUCCCCCCACCGAUCCCCUUUGCCAGCCCCCAGAGUCUAAGCGGCCCAAAGUGGAUGACGAUGUUACCGCAACAAGCACCAUCAUUCAGCCUUAGUGUGACCAUGAUAUAAGUAUGACUGUGAGACUGACGUCAUGAUCACAUCAUCUGGUGUGAAAUACCGCAAUGCUAUUGUGAUUGAGAGGGUAACGUCUUCACGCAUGAUGCACUCAAACUCAUAAAUGCUUUGUGUGAAUAAAUUAUAGACUGUUAUCAUAUAAUUAGCUGUUCUGUGAUGUCUUAAAUUAGUACAUAGCAUUUUGAUCUUUCAAUUCUUAAUACUGUAAGUAAUAAACUUGCAAUAAUAAAAUGGCACUUGAAGAUUUA